AUGCCUCGCUUUGAAGAUGCUGACUUCGCCGUCGAUGCCGCGCCCCGGGACCCCCGUCCCAGCGAUGCCCAGGCUGCUAUCUCCCCUCGCGACCAUAUUGGACGGGGCCAUAUCAUCCCCGCCGAGGGCGGCGGCACCGUUGAGGUUCCUGCCUCGCGCAGCUCGUUGAGCCACACCUCUGCUAUGAUGCACCAUUUGAGUCUCCAGCCCUCCAUGCGGGACCGCCGGGGCUCCCGUAACUCCUUCGGCACAUCUCUGCCCAUUCCCCGGUCUCCGCGCAUGUCCCGCCUGUCCCGUACCAGACCCAGUGUCGUUCGUCGGGAUAUCCUGGCUGGUCAGGUUCAGUCCCUGCAGCAGGAUCUGGUCGACAAGGUGAAGAACAUGGCUUUCGCCUUCGACAUUGACGGUGUGCUGGCACACGGCAAUGAGGCCAUUGAGGAGGCCAAGGUUGCUCUCCGCAUUCUCAACGGUGACAACGAGCUUGGCAUCCAAUUCCCCUAUAUCCUUCUGACCAACGGUGGUGGUAAGACCGAGGAGGCUCGCUGUGCGCAGUUGACCGAGGUCCUGGGCCACCCCAUCUCCACCGACCAAUUCAUUCAGUCCCACACUCCCAUGCAGGCUCUGUCUGAGUACUACGACAACGUGCUGGUUCUCGGUGGUGAGGGCUACAAGAUCCGUGAGGUUGCUGAGCAAUACGGUUUCAAGAACGUCGUCCACCCCAAGGACAUCGUCGCCUGGGAUCCUACCAUCUCGCCCUGCCGCCGCUUCACCGAGGAGGACAAGAAGGAGGCGCGCCCCCGCGACUUCUCCAACUUCAAGUUCGACGCUAUCCUCUACUUCGCCGAGUCCUACGAUCAGAUGACCGACUACCAGAUCAUCUCCGAUCUGCUGAACUCCGACAACGGCCAGCUCCUCACCCGCGCCAAGAAGGACCAGGACCACAUCCCUAUCUACUUCUCCCAAGGUGAUCUUCUCUGCCCUACCGAGCACAAGGGCCCCCCGCGUCUCCACCUCGGCGCUAUCCGUCUCGCCGUCGAAGCCCACUACAAGGCCGUCUCCGGCAAGGAACUCGAGCGUACCCUCUACGGUAAGCCCGAGCGUGCCACCUACAUCUACGCCGACGAGGUCCUCGCCGCCUGGAUGGAGGAGCUCUACGGCGAGAAGCGCCUGCCCAAGAACAUCUACAUGGUCGGCGACAACCCCGCCUCCGACAUCAUCGGUGGUAACAUGUACGGCUGGAACACUUGCCUCGUCCGCACCGGUGUCUUCCAGGGCGGCGAGAACGACGAGCAGAACCCCGCCAACUUUGGAGUUUUCCCCCACGUUCUCGAUGCCGUCAAGGCUGCUCUUGCCAAGGAGCUUGGCCCCGACUUCAAGCUCAAGUGGGAUCCCAAGGGCGCUGCCUCCGGCGGCUCGGCGAUCGAGUAA